AGAAGCGGUUAUGUUAACGAAACGGUUAUGUUAAUAAUAAGUCUACCGGCAACUGUUAAAGCAACAGCUGUUUUUGCCGGCGAACUAUUCAACACUGUUUUUAACCGGCUGUCUUGGAAUUUGUUUUCCUUGAAAUAUUUAAACCAAAAACUUUUAAAUAGUUUUAAUCCGUCUCAAAAUGAUGUCUCUACCUGAUACUGAUAGUGAGGAUGAGCUGCCACCUGGUUGGGAGGAGAGGGCCACCGACGAUGGAACCGUUUGCUAUGUGAACCAACAAGGUAAAACCUCACAGUGGACACAUCCACGGACAGGGCGCUCGAAACGAAUUACUGGGGAAUUGCCCUUGGGUUGGGAGAAGUACUACGAUGAGCAGGGCAAGCGGUUCAUGUUCCUCAACAAGGAAACGCAGCAAAGGACGAAUGUGGAUCCCCGUUUGGCUUUCGCCGUGGAGGAGCCCACGCAAAAUGUUUCCCAGGUGCGCCAGCGAUUCGACUCCUGUACCACCGCACUGCAGGUCCUGCACGGGAAGGAUUUGCACGGCCGAACAGCUUUGAUAACUGGUGCCAAUUGUGGUAUUGGCUUCGAAACCGCCCGUUCGUUGGCUCAACACGGUUGUGAAAUCAUCUUAGCCUGUCGGAACAGGACCUCUGCCGAGGCUGCCAUCGAAAAGAUUGUCCAGGAGCGACCAGCAGCCCGUUCCCGCUGUCGUUUUGUGGCCCUUGACUUAAGCUCCUUGCGCUCAGUUCAGCGAUUCGUUCAAGAAAUCAUUCAGAACUUUAGCCACAUUGAUUAUCUAAUCCUGAACGCCGGCGUAUUUGCACUGCCCUACACAAAGACCGAGGAUGGUCUGGAAACCACAUUCCAAGUAUCUCACCUGUCGCAUUUCUACUUGACAUUGCAACUGGAGCCGCUUUUCGAUUAUAAAACACGGAUCGUUGUUCUGUCAUCCGAGUCGCACAGGUUCGCCAAUCUGCCCGUGGAGAACCUGGCGGUGCACCAUCUCUCGCCGCCGCCGGAGAAGUACUGGAGCAUGAUGGCCUACAACAAUGCCAAGUUGUGCAAUGUCCUCUUCGCCCAGGAACUCGCCCAGCGCUGGAAACAGCGAGGAAUUUCCGUGUUCAGUGUGCAUCCUGGCAACAUGGUUUCCACUGAUAUAUCGCGAAACUAUUGGUUCUACCGCCUGCUUUUCGCCAUUGUGCGUCCCUUUACCAAGUCUCUGCAACAAGCUGCUGCCACAAGUGUUUUCUGUGCCACAGCCAACGAGCUGACUGGCUUGUCUGGACUGUACUUCAACAACUGCUUCUUCUGUGAGCCCAGCAAACUGUCCAAGAGUGUUCCACUGCAGCAGCAGCUCUGGCGACUCAGCGAGAACUUGAUUUCCGAGCUUCUGGAGGCGGAGCAGUAGUAACCAAAUAGUUCACUUUUAAUAUUCCUAUUUAUUCUCCAUGCGGAAUAAAUUACCGCGAAAUUGCAUUUUUUUAACUCAA